AUGGGCCGAAAAGUUACCCCUUCAUGUAUUCUCUUAGUGCUUGCAAUGGUCGUCAUGAACUCUGUUAUGAGCCAUGCCAAGGCCACAGGGCUCCAGCAAAAACCUUACAUCGUGUAUAUGGGAGAAAGGCCAACAGAAUUUAGUGAUCUGCCUGAAGUAGUUCACGCACAACUGCUCCAGAAAGCAAUUGGAUUUAGCAAAGAGGAAGCCUCAAAGCGGCUGAUACAUAGUUACAGCAAGAUUUUUAAUGGCUUCGCCGCCAAGCUAUCUGAUGAAGAAGCAAAGAAGCUAUAUGGCAUCGAAGAACUCGUGUCUGUGUUCCCCAGCAAGCAAAGACAACUUCACACCACAAGAUCAUGGAGCUUCAUGGGUUUCCCAUCGAACGCUCCGCGUGGCGCCUUCGAAUCGGAUGUUAUCGUCGGAAUGAUUGACACAGGGAUCUGGCCUGAGUCCCAGAGCUUCGAUGAUGCCGGCUUUGGCCCGCCGCCGAGCAAGUGGAAGGGCACAUGUCAGUCCAACCACAACUUCACAUGUAACAAUAAAAUCAUUGGUGCUCGGUACUACCACCUUCAAGGAAACAUAAGUGAGAAUGAGAUACCCUCCCCGCGUGACAGUGAGGGCCACGGCACCCACACAUCCUCCACAGCCGCCGGCCGUCUCGUCGCAAAUGCAAGCCUUGCAGGCAUUGCAGAGGGAACUGCCCGCGGUGGCGUUCCUUCUGCAAGAAUCGCAGUUUACAAAGUCUGCUGGAGUGAUGGAUGCUCCGAUGCCGACCUACUGGCUGCCUUCGAGGAUGCCAUCGCUGAUGGUGUUGACAUCAUCUCUAUUUCAAUUGGUGGUUCUGGUGCCGCUGACUACUUCGAGGACUCCAUAGCCAUAGCAUCAUUCCAUGCAAUGAAGAACAACAUUCUGACCUAAGCAGGAAACUCUGGCCCUGAAAGUUACACUCUAGCGAACUAUGCGCCAUGGCUUCUUACAGUGGCUGCUAGCACCAUUGAUCGCAAGAUCGUUGCACCCGCAAAGCUUGGCAAUGGAGUAGAAUUUCAGGGGAUGGCAGUGAACACCAAUGGUUUGGAUGGUGAGAUGCAUCCUCUAAUAUUCGGUGGAAAUGCACCAAACUCUUCAGGCGGAGUUGACUCAUCCACCGCAAGCAGUUAUUGUGCCCCGGGGACGUUGGAUGGUAAACUGGUGAAAGGGAAAGUUGUUUUUUGUAGUGGCGCAAGCGAUGGCUCUGGAGCGCUUCUUGCAGGAGCUGUUGGAGCAAUUAUGCGCUCAAAUGGUCCCAAUGACGUCUCCUUCGAGUUCUCGCUUCCUGUCUCAGUGUUGGAUGCUAACAGCAGCAUAGAAGUUCUAAAUUAUGCAAACAAAACUAGCAACCCUACGGCUAGUAUUUCAAAGAGUCAGGCUGUGUUCGAUGCGGCGGCACCAUCCGUGGCAUCAUUCUCAUCACGCGGUCCAAAUCCUAUCACCUCGAAUAUACUAAAGCCGGACCUAACAGCGCCAGGUGUGGACAUUUUAGCGGCAUGGUCUCCACUUAGUGCAGAGAAACUUGGAGUACCUUAUAACAUUAUAUCAGGCACAUCCAUGGCAUGCCCUCAUGCCACAGGGGCUGCUGCCUAUGUCAAAUCAUUUAAUCCAACUUGGUCUGCAGCUGCCAUAAAAUCUGCACUUAUUACUACCGUCUAUGUGAUGUACUCAACUAAGAAUGCAGAUGCAGAAUUUGCUCAUGGAGCAGGUCACAUAAACCCUCUCGCAGCUUUGAAUCCCGGCCUUGUCUAUGAUGCUCAAGAAAUAGACUACAUUAAAAUGUUAUGCGGUGAAGGUUAUAGCACCAAAAAUUUAAGACUUGUCACGGGAGAUCAGAGCAGUUGCACCUCUGCAAAUAAUGGAACAGUGUUAGAUCUCAACUAUCCAUCCUUCGCUUUAAAAACUGCUUUAAAAGCUCAACAGGGAGAAUCUUUUUCAACAUCCUUCCAAAGAACAGUCACAAAUGUGGGAGUGUCAAAUUCCACUUACAAGGUUUCUGUGGCUUCUGUGAAUGCUCCUCCCAGUCUCAAGAUCACUGUUGAGCCGAAUGUAUUGUCAUUUGAAGCUUUGUUAGAGAAGAAAACAUUUUCAAUCAAGCUUGAAGGAGAUGCUCCAAAAAACAUUAUCUCUGCUGUUUUGAUCUGGAGUGAUGGCACUCAUAAUGUCAGAAGUCCAAUUGUCGUGUAUAGUAGCUAA